AUGGCAGAAGACAUCAAGACCAAAAUCAAGAACUACCAGACUGCCCCUUUUGACAGCCGCUUCCCCAAGCAGAACCAGACCAGGAACUGCUGGCAGAACUACCUGGACUUCCACCGCUGUGAGAAGGCAAUGACUGCUAAAGGGGGUGAUGUCUCCGUGUGCAAAUGGUACCGUCGCGUGUACAAGUCCCUCUGCCCCAUAUCCUGGGUGUCAGCCUGGGACGACCGGCGGGGAGAAGGCACAUUUCCUGGGAAGAUCUGA